AUGGCUUCUAAGAAAAACUUCUCACAGUUUCUCCUCCUUCUCUUCCUAGUACACUAUGCAUUUGUGAAUGGAGACACCACUUUAAUCAAAAGCACUUGCAAGAACACCAAGUACUACAAUCUAUGUUUCUCUUCUCUGAAAUCCAACCCUACCAGUCCUAACGCAGACACAAAGGGCUUAGCUUUGAUCAUGGUUGGGAUUGGAAUGACAAAUGCCACUUCCACUUCUUCAUAUUUGUCUUCCAAAUCUCUUACACCUACUAACAACACUACUUUGCAAAGGGUCCUCAAAGAGUGUGCAGAUAAGUACUCUUAUGCUGGUGAUUCCCUCCAAGCUUCAGUGCAAGAUUUGGCUGAUGAAGAAUAUGAUUAUGCUUACAUACACAUCACUGCAGCUAAAGAUUAUCCAAAUGCUUGUCAUAAUGCAUUCAAAAGGGUUCCUGAUUUGGUUUACCCAACUGAGCUUGCUAGUAGAGAAAAAGGUUUGAAGCAUAUAUGUGAUGUGGCUAUGGGGAUCAUUGAUAAUCUCAUUAAUUUGUAG